UUUGAAACCUUCCUAGAGGAGACACUUGUUGCUACACCAUAUGAUCGCUCAAGGCUGAUGUGGCUACAGUCUGAUUGUCAAGCGUCUACACAGAAUGAGGUCCUUCUAUAUCUAAUAGCCAAAUUCAGAAACCAGACUAGCUGCCUACAAAAUGUUCUCACACUCGGAUUCAGAGAGCCGACUUGUUACAGCACCAAUGCUCAGUCAAGUGUUCAUACCGGUGUAGAUUGUUCCUUCCCCAAUUUCAUGGUCAACCAACUCAAGUCAUCCAAUUGGACUCAUCUUUUGUACUUAAUUGGUGUUGAAAAGAUGCUGAUUUUAUUAGGGCAGCAUGCAUUGUUCAUGACAAUUAAACCAUCUGCUUGUAUUCAAUUGACUGGGACAGCUAUAUAUGAUCUCAUUCCUCUAAAUUCUCAAACACACUUUAAAAUAGUUAAUAUUUGCAAAAACACCAGUACUAAUAACAGCAACAAUGUUGAUAGCAAUACUGGUGUUAGUAAAGUGGGCACUGGCUCCAACAAUGACAAAAUUAGCAACAGCUGUGCCAGAAACAUUAGCAACAAUGAUGGUAAUGGUAAGAAAACUAAUGACAACGUUACUCCUAUCAGUAACCCUAGUGUCAACAGCAGGAGUGAUAUCUUGAGCAACAAUUUUAAUGUUGAGAACAAUUGCAACUUCAGCUUCACCAGUGAUACUGAUAUCAUUUGCAACAAUGUCUCUGAUAGCACUGUUUGCAACAACAAUGUUGGUACAAAAACUAAUGUUACUUCUACCAACUAUAGCAGCACCAAUGCCACUAGCCUUAUUAAUACAGUUAGCAGCUGUGUCGCUGGCAUUAGCAACAGCAAUACCACUGACAACACUGGUGUUAUUAGUAGUUGCAUCACUUCUAACAGAAAUAGCAACAGCAACACAGGCAGCAAUGAUAUCAGUAGUGAUUGCAGUAAGAGCAUAGCCAAAGGUAAUGAUAGCAACAAUAGCAACAUUAGUAAGAAUGGCAGCUGUAAUAAGAGUGAUGCGAACAAUAUGAAUAGCAACGGAAACCCAUUGGAUCAGCCAAGUAGUACAGUUGAUGGUUGGAGGUUGUUGGGUGUGAUUGCUGAUAAUCAUGAUGGUGAAGUGUCAAAGACCACCAAGAAAACCAGGAGGGGCAAAAGGAACCGUUCAAGCACUAUUUCCCACUGUCCGCUGUUGAAUCUCAAGUUCAAUCCUUACUGUUACGGCGAAACUAUUUCACAUUUCUCAGUCAUAUACUGCAGAAAUUUGUCUCAGAAGCCAUUCAAAAAAGAAAAUGUUAUUACUUGAAGAUUUUGGACCGUUAUUGUGCCAUAAGCACAGAAAAUGCUAAAUCGCUCAACCUUUAUACACAUCUAAAUAAGAAAACAAGUCAUUCAAGUGCACCGCAUCGAAAGGUGGGAAGUAUUGACACAAAUCGCGUGGUUUCUAACAAAAAAUCAUGCCAUCUGCGCAAGGCUCCAACCAUCAGAAGAUUAGUUUGUGAUGUUGUGUCCCAUCAACAGGUAUAUGUUUUCCUCAAAGUGUGUGUCAAACGUUUGGUCCCUGUAGAAUUGUUUGGAUCGAAUCACAACCGAAACCUUUUCCUCAAACAUGUUAAACGGUUUGUGUUCAUGGGAAAAUAUGAAAAACUCAGUCUUGGAGAACUUAUGCAUGGAAUGAAGACUUCAUGUUGUGCCUGGUUGAAGAAAAUACCAUCCCAGUCUUGGAGAAGUAGGUUUCUCACCCAACUUAUCAUGUGGCUCUUCAACGAGGUUAUACUUCCAUUAAUAAAGGACAGUUUCUACGUCACAGACAGCUGUCAUUUCCGCAAUCGGUUAUUUUACUACAGGAAACCUAUCUGGUCAUGUGUCAGGAUGCAAGCCGUCAAGGAUUUGAUUUCUUCAGAAAUGAUGACACCUAUAAAACAGGCAUAUGCCGAUGAAGCGAUUAAAGAGGGUAGCAGUCUGGGUAUAUCUACCGUAAGAUUCCUACCCAAAGGUCAGUCGAUACGAGCAGUCACAAAUAUGAAUUGGAAAAUGACACCAAAGAGAAAUCAGCCCACCAUCAAAAAACAACUCACUGCUUUGUUUCAUGCCCUGAACUCUGUCAAGAUUAAUUCCAGAUAUUACUUGCAGCAAAUAGGUAUCAGCCAGGGCUCUGUUCUGUCAACACUGCUAUGUAGUUUCUAUUAUGGCCACAUGGAAAAAACCAUGCUGAAAGGGAAAAGUGAUGAUCUGAUGAUGCGGUUGGUAGAUGACUACUUAUUUGUCACACCAGACGAGUCAAGGGCAGUGAACUUCCUGGAGACAUUCCUCACCGGUGUCUCCAAGUAUAAUUGUCACAUUCAACAUGACAAACUGUUCAUCAAUUUCCACUAUAAUCAUCAGAAAUACGGUUGGUUACAGCGUCUUAAACAGACAGAUAUGAUACCAUGGUGUGGUUUGCUGAUUAACAUGACAUCUCUUGAGAUUAUGAAGGAUUAUUCCAGAUACUGUGGAAUCUCUAUUUCGGACACUGUUUCCGCCGGCCUUUCACAUCAUCCUGGAGUUAAUUUACAAGAAUGCUUACUUAGGUUCAUGCAACCAAAAUGUCAGCUUAUAUUUGUGGAUCAGGAGAUCAACACUCUUGGAACAAUCAUCAACAAUGUCUUUGAUAUCUUCUACCUGAUUGCUUGCCGAUUCCAUACUCAUGUCUGCAGAUUACCCUCUAACAGACGUGUGGCAGCAAAUCUAAAUUUCUUCUUCGAAUGCAUUGAAGAAAUUGCUGACUAUUUCGAACAACAAAUAUAUUAUUAUAUGAUAAAGAUGAAUGGCACAAUCUGCUACCCACUGAACAAACUAGAGAAUAAAUGGUUGUGUUUCAUGGCAUUUGAUCUUAAACUGUCCUGCAAUUGCAGUCAAUAUCACAAACUUCGUAACCUGCUGCAGAUGUAUUUUACUCAGACAAAACACCUCCUGAGCAAGAAGAGAUACAAACUGUUUAUGGAAGUGAAGGAAUCUGGUGUUUCAGAUCAUUUCAAGAACAUCUUAGACUGAGACACUGAGGAACUUUCCAGAAUAUCUAUAAUUGUACCAACCUGGAGAACUAAGAAAAGCAAACUUGACAAAUGAACAUGUUGAAAUACUGACCACAGUUACCAAAUAAAAGAGUUGAAAAUUUGAUAUUUCCAAAGGGGAAAAUAGAAUUUUGACCAAAUGUGCUGAAAAGAACUACCAUCUUAAGAAAAUGACCAAAGUAAAAAACGAAAUUUUGACCAAAGUAAAAAAUGAAAUUUUAUCCAAAAUUAUCAAACAGAAGAAUGGUAACAAUUAAAUUACAGAAAUAAUAAAUAAGAAGAAUUGGAUAUAUCAAUUGAUUUACCAAAUGUUGGUAUAAAAACAGUAAUGAAGUCUGCUGUUGUGUGUGUUUUGAGAAAGAAAUAGGAUUAAUUUGUUCUCCAAUAUUUCAAGAGUUAAAGUGAGUUGGAUCAGUUCUUUACCUAAUCUUUGCUGUCAGUUACUGUAUCUUAACCUAUAUUAAAAUUUAUCAAUUUACUAUUUUUCUGAUAAACUGUACAAUUGGGAUUAUUACAACCAGAUUUCAGUUAGGAGUCUGCUUACCUUGCCAAAAAUGUUUUUCUAUGGUGAAGUUUGUCCAUUUUUUUUUUUUUUUUUUUUAGUUUCUUUAUUAUCAUUAUCAUUAUUAUUAUUAUUAUUAUGCAGUAGCACAAACAUGUAUCUUUGAUUAUCUAAGUUUGAAAUUACAUUAAUGUCUAGCAAUUAAUCUUCUUAAUUGUUUACAUAUAUUUUCAAAUUUAGCUUUUGUAGUAAGCAUAUUAAAUAUAUUGAGUUUUCUAAAUAACACAAACAAUAUUAUUAAACCUUGGGAGAGGCAUUAUGCCGGUAAUAAACACACGCACUGGUUCAGUCCUUUAUUAAUUUAUAUAGUUUUUUGUUAAAUUAUUUCAUUGCACUUUUGCAAUCUCUUCAGUACCUUGUCUCUCCACUUCCAUUUAUUUUGAAUAUUAGAAUCUUUAUUUACUAAAACAAUAUAUCCAGCAUAUUCAGAAGACUUUGCAAUUUGUGGAUUUAUUUCUCUAGUCCAAGGACACUCCUGAUGAAAUAGACAUGAUCAAAGACCUUUCAGCCAUGACCAUCCUGUCUUUGAAACACAGUAUAUCUAGGAUUCCAUUAUCUAAUAUCAUUAAUUGAAAAUACAAUGAGGAAAACAAUACAGUAAAAGCAGCAACUAUAGUACACUGAUGGGGGUCCAAUAAACUGGAACACAUAAAUAAUUCAGUUCUAUAUUUAAGAGAUGAGGAAUUAUUUACAUUAUUUACAUUUGACGGAUAUUUGUCCUCAUCUUGUUUGUUGUUAACACAACGUUUCGGCUGAUAUACCCUCCAGCCUUCGUCAGGUGUCUUGGGGAAAUUUCGAACCUGGGUUCUCUAAUAGAUUUAUAAGCCUUAAAAUUCACCCCAUAAUUGCCCACGGGCAUAUGGCGUAGUGGUUAAGAGCGCGGGCUACUAACCCCAAGGUUCCGAGUUCGAUUCACGGCAGCGACCUGAUUAAUAAUCAUCAUCAUCAUCAUCAUCGUUUAACGUCCGCUUUCCAUGCUAGCAUGGGUUGGACGAUUUGACUGAGGACUGGUGAAACCGGAUGGCAACACCAGGCUCCAAUCUAAUUUGGCAGAGUUUCUACAGCUGGAUGCCCUUCCUAAUGCCAACCACUCAGAGAGUGUAGUGGGUGCUUUUAAUAAUAGUAACGUCGUUAGGAAUGAGAACCCAGGUUCGAAAUUUCCCCCAAGACACCUGACGAAGGCUGGAGGGUAUA